AUGGGGAGAGUUUUUUUGGUUGCUUUAGUGAUGAUUGUAAUAAGUCCUUGUUUGGCUAAUGGGAGGAAGCAUUUUUGGGAUGACAUCAUCAACUCUACAGCUGAAGUUCAUCGUUUGGUGGAAGAUUUUAAUGGAAGCAACACAGAGUAUUCAUCUGAAAAUGUAUUGGUGGAAAGGAAACUCAGUAGGAACAAUGGCGGGAAGGGAACUGAUAGUGGUGGUGGUGGUGGAGGAGGAGGAGGUGGUGGUAGAGGUUAUGGAGGGGGAAAUGGGAGAGGUGGAGGAGGAGGUGGUGGUGGUGGAAAUGGUCACGAUAUUAUGGUUGGAGGGAAAGGCAGGGACGAGGUAGAUGAACAAUCACCUAGUAAGAGAACCAAAACACUAUGA